UAGUUCUAAUCUUAGAAAUGUAACAGAAGUCGUUUAAAAUUAAGAUAAUAAUUACUGAAUAAUAGUUUAAAAUUUUAAAAUGGCUUGUAAGGAAAUCGAAAUGCAGCAAACUAAUUUGUUGGACAAUGAGAAAUUCAAAGAAGUUGUGUACAAACCUACAACAGUUACUGGACCAUUAAAAUCUGACCAGGAUAAAAAUAAGUCAGGUUUUUUGUUUUUAUCUGCAUUUAUUGUAAAUCUGUUGGCGUUUUCGGCCGGUGUAUCAUUUUCGUGGUCGUCUCCAGUUAUACCAAAAUUGGACCAGCCUGGAUCCGACAACCCGUUAGCAGAACCCAUAACAAAAGCACAGGCGUCAUGGGUAACAGGAAUUUUAUGCUUCGGAGCUGGUUUGGGACCUCUUAUUGCAGGAAAAUUGGCCGACAAAAUUGGAAGAAAAAACACUCUCCUAAGCAUUGCUAUACCAAUGACUCUGGCCUAUAUUGUACUAGGAUUUUCUUCCAACGUCAACAUAUUUUAUGCUGCAAGACUUAUUAAAGGCUUAGGCGUCGGUAGUUCGUUCGCUGUUUUGCCCAUGUACCUUGGAGAAAUCGCUGAAGACAGCAACAGAGGUACCAUUGGUUGUCUUAUGGGUGUAUUCAUAUCCAUCGGAUUAUUGUUCUCGUACAUUGUGGGACCGACUUUAACAGUCAAAAUGUUUUGUUUCGCUUGUACACUACCCCUCAUAACAUUCUUCUUUCUGUUUUACUUCUUGGUGCCCGAAACACCUGUGUACUUAGCUUCCACAGGCAACAAAAACGCAGCACAGGCAUCUCUGAUGAGACUCCGAUCGAAAAAAGCUUCAGAGGUACAACAGGAGUUGAUGGAAAUAGUAAAAUCUUCAGAGGAAUCAAACGCAAGCAAGGGAGGCAUGAAAGAUUUGUUCAUUUCAAAAGGGUUGAGAAAAGCCUUUAUUAUUUGUACUGGUUUGCUUCUGGUACAGCAAGUGGCUGGUAUUAACAUUGUUCUAGCCUACAUGCAGACGAUUUUUGAUGCUGCCGGUGGAGUAAUACCUUCAGAUAUAGCUACAGUUGUCAUAGGAGUAAUACAAGUGUUUGCGACAAUUGGAACAUCAUCUGUAGUGGACAGGCUUGGCAGAAAACUGCUGAUUUUAGGUUCAGCGAUUGGUUCUUGUGUUUCUCUAAUAACUUUAGGUCUAUUCUUUUACUUGAACGACCAUAAAUUCGAUGUUUCGCAAUUGUCGUGGUUACCUGUUGCGUCUUUGAUUCUCUACAUUGUUGUUUUUAAUUUUGGAUUGGGUCCUCUGCCUUGGGCAAUUAUGGGAGAAAUGUUCCCUUCAAGUGUGAAAUCGGCCGCUUCUGCAUUAAUUUCUUGUAUUUGCUUCAUGACUUCUUUUUUUAUUACUUUGUUGUUCCCAAUGCUUUCAAUGCAUUUGGGCAAUGCGUUAACUUUUUGGCUUUUUGCAGGACUGUGUGGACUUGGGAUAAUAUUUAUUGUAAUCGUUAUGCCAGAAACGAAGGGUAAAACAUUAUCCGAAAUACAAGAUAUGUUAAGUAAAUAACUAGUGAAUUGCACGAUGUCAUUAAUAUUUAUUUUGUAAUAUAGUUGUAUAUAAAAGUUUUUAAAAAAUAAUCUUGAUUGUUAUUUAUAAUGUUUUUUAUAAUUAAAUUGUAAAAGAGAAAAAAUAUGUAA